CAACAUAGACGUGUGACAUGCUUCACUUGCUACUUAUAAAUAGAACAUAAAACCGCGGGUGAUAUCCUCAUAGAUCCAUACGUAUAUAUAUGUGCGCUUCAUUUUUUAUAUUGCUGAGACUGCGCGGGAGUUUUGAGUUAUCAAUGUGAACUUUUUCGGAGAGCAGUGAGCUGCAUUCGUUUCACUGUUGAGGCAGUGUUUUUCGAGUGGUUGUAGUGAAACGGUGAAAGUAACUUAGUAAUGUGGCUGUGCAGUUUAGGUGACGUUGCCAGUGCGCCAAACUGCUUAUGCCCUUGUAUGAUUGGCAACACACCAUAGUGGGUGCGAGCGAUUUAACGCUUCUUCCGUAUUAAGUUAUUCGAAGAAUUUCAAUUGAAGUUCCUUAUUAGGCCAAGAUGACGUUCACAUUGGAGGAGGGUGGGUUCGGUGUAGGAGACUACGCUGCCUUCGGGGUGCUAUGUGCUGCAUCCUGCGCUGGCGGAAUGUGGUAUAGCGCCGUCGGUUCUCGAGCCAAAGCCGUAGUGGACAUCAAAGAUUACCUGCUUGGAGGGCGAGCAAUGUCAACUUUUCCUGUAGCUAUGUCACUUAUAGCCUCGUACGUAUCAGGUGUAACGAUUUUGGGAACACCGGCCGAGAUCUAUAAUUAUGGUACACAGUACUGGCUGGUGGUGGUCGGAGUGACACUCAGCUGUGUUGUGGUUGCCACAGUAUAUUUACCAGUAUUCUGUACAUUGAGGCUAUCCUCCUCAUAUGAGUAUUUAGAGUUAAGAUUCAACCGGCAUGUUCGGGCGGUGGCGUCGGUACUUUUCCUAUUGGACGAGGUAUUAUUUCUGCCUAUGGUGGUUUAUGUUCCAGCGUUGGCGUUUAAUCAAUUGACGGGCAUGAAUGUGUUUGCUGUGGGCGGUGUUAUGGUACUCAUAUGCGGAGUUUACACAGUAUUAGGUGGUCUCCGUGCUGUUGUUUGGACGGACUCCGUGCAGACCGGCAUAAUGUUCAUAGGCGUGGUGCUGGUGGCUUCUGCCGGAACGCUUGCCGUCGGUGGAGUCAAGUCUGUGAUCAGUAUAGCCACUGAAUCUGGAAGACUCGAUUUAUCUAAUUGGAGUUUUUCACCGUACGAGCGCCAGACAGGGUGGGGUGCAUUGGUGGGCGGGUUCCUCUACUGGACGUGCUUCAACUCUGUCAAUCAGACUAUGGUACAGCGAUACAUAGCGUUACCUUCUAAGCGUCAGGCAAUCAUUGCUUUAGGUAUAUUCUGCGUUGGCGCUAUCCUGGCGAUAUCGUUGUGUGUAUGGUGCGGACUAGCCGCGUGGGCGACCUGGGUCCUUGGCGGGUGCCAUCCGGGGGGUGUGCCCCUGGUGAAUGACAGGCUGCUUCCGGCAUUCGUCACCUAUGUUUCCAAGACCCAACAUCUCCCAGGGCUGGCUGGAGUCUUCUUAGCUGGAGUAUUUGGUGCUGGUUUGAGUUCAUUGUCAGCAGUGCUGAAUGCUUGCGCUCUAGUAGCAGUCGAGGACAUCCUGCAUGGCUGGCUUCGGCUGCGGCUGAAGCCUCUGACUGAAGGUCUGUUGGCUCGCUCUGUGACUGCAUUGUUGGCCAUAAUCUCCAUCGUUAUGCUGGUUGUUAUUGCAAAACUUGGAGGUGUUCUCGGUGUAGCGACUGCACUCUCUGCGAUCGCUGCCAGUGCCACAUGUGGUGUAUUUACCCUUGGCAUGGCAUGCUGGUGGGUUGGGCCCAAGGGGGCCAUUGCAGGAGCCAUCGCAGGAGCAUUGGUAGCGGGUACAACCUCACUUGGGACGCAAGCCGCUGCUGCCAGCGGACUCAGGGCGCCGCCAUUAAAUCUGACAGCAGAAUGCGCGGCAAACUCUACUUUUAUUUUUGAAAGUUUGGAUCCGGAAACAGUAUUCCCUCUUUUCCGCGUAUCUUACCACUGGAUCGCUCCGUUAGGAUUAUUUUCGACAUUGCUAGUUGGCGCUAUCGUCGGAUAUUUCUUUGACAAACACGAUCCUACCAAGAUGGAUGCUGAACUAUUCACCCCUGUAAUGUGGAGGUGGCUUCCGAACGAAGCGCAUGAGAAUAUAGGAGAGGUUCGUCGCGUCAUGGCCGCUAAAGUGGUCGACUCACCUGCACCGUCGGCUCCUCUAAUUCUAAACAGAAUAAAUAAUAAGAUUGAUGUGAGUGGUGAAUCCAGUAAAUGAGGUGAGGUGACAUGAGCUGUGAUAAUCUACAAAUGAACUCAUAUUGACUAAUUAUAUUAAUUUCCUAAUUAUAAUAUACUUAUGUAGAUGAAGUGAGUAUUUGAUUAUAUAAAAAGUUGUCAAAUUGUGACUUAGGUGGCUACUCAGAGUUGCUAGAAUAAUUUAUUUAGUAGUUAUUAACUCAUGUCAGAUGAUUA